UUCAUUUUCAUUCGGCUUUUUGGCCCUUGCCAUAAUCAAAUAGUCUACAAAAAAAAAAGAUUAGUCCAACAAACCAAGCAAUUAAAUAUCAAUAAUUAAUCCUUCUUCCUCAUUACUUUAUUGAGCUACAUGAUUAAUUAAUUCAAAAAUUCCAAAACUUUACACUAUUUAUAUUGACUCCAUUGAUAUCUCUCAAUUUCCAACACCAAGCCCCACCAUUUCUUCUCUUCUUUCUAUAGUUUCUUGGUUUUCUAAUUCUUCUUCAUCUUUCAACUACAACCAUGUCUCCUAUUUUGACUUCUCAAGGUAUGGUAUUAGCUACAGCCAUGGCAGUUUCUGGGACAAUGAUCCUUUUUGCUGCUCUUAAACUUCAAAAAUCUGCAGAUCAAUUCUCCUUCAAUCCAAUUCUCCAUCAUCCUCGAUCUUGUAUCUCCACAGAUGGGAAGAAAAAGGAGAAAAAGAAGAAGAGAGUGAAAUUUGCAGAAGAUGUGGUGGAGCCAAGUGGGAAUAGUGAAGAAUACAGAAAACUUCAUUGUAAUAAUAAUUUUAGCCAUGGAAAUGGACAUGAAGUUGCUUCAUCUUCUUCUAAUUCGGAUUCAAAUGCAUUAAAGAAGAGUGGGAAAGUGCAAGAAAUGCCAGCUAAUAGGGCCGCCCUCUACAAUUCUAUGCUCAAAGGUCGGGUCAUCAACCGGGUCACUUAUUCCUAUUGAUCGGGUCGGGUUGGGUUUUCCAAUUACCCAAUUCUAACCCUCUAAUUUAUGUACAAAUUAGAAAAACAUUAUUUAUCUUUCGAUGAAGUGGGGACAUGGUACAUGUGCUCACGUAUGAGAGUAGUUUGAAUUAGGAUUUUCCUUUUCUUUUUUAAUAUUUGUGUAAUUUUGGUGUUUAUUUUUGGGAAUAAUUGCCAAAAGGGAGAUAUCUUUUACAUGUAUUUGAUUUGUAUAGGAGGUAAUAUUUGAAUACAUGAAAGGAUGUGAAUUAUGACCGGACUGAGUCAAACUAAGUGGAUUGAUUCAUUAUA